AUGAAACAAUAAGAAAAAUUAUAAAUAUUUCUUCAAUAUUUAAACAAUCAUGGUUACUAUCAAACCAUUUAAUAACUCAUCUAAAAAGCAAGUAAAGAUCAACUAUAAUCAUUAGACUUUAAGAUUGAUUCUUCCAUUGUUGCCUAAAUUACAACCUAUAUUCAGAAUCAUGAUUUUGAUUCAUUAGAAUAACUAUUCAAUACAUAUGUCAACUAAGAAAAGAAGAAAUAAUGCAUGUUUAUUAUUACCUAAAAUUAUUAUAUUGAACUUUUGUCACAACAAAAAAUUAAUGAAGCUGUCGAAUUAUUAAGAGGACGUCUACAAAUUUAUUGUUUAGGUUUCUUUUUAUCUAUAUUUCAUUAAUAGACGACCAACAAAAACAUUAAUUAACUAAUCUUAUUAUUGAAUCUGAAUUCUAACCUCUUUCUUACGUUGAAAUUAUUAGGCAAAUACUACUUCUAUGCCAUUAAGAAAUCGGUGCCUUAUAACCAAAUAGACUUGUAGCUUUAUUGCAUUAAGCAUAAGCAAAUCAAAUUUUAGAAUGCAAAAAUCAUUAUAAAUUGGACUCUAAUUACCUUAUAUCUAACAAGCAUGUUUGCACUUAAAAAUUAAAAAAGAAAAUUAUCAGAGAGUAACAAAUAAUGUUUAAAUUAUAUUUCUAUUACCUAGAUCUAUUGUUCAAUUUUCUGAUGAUCUAACUUUACAAGUAUAAGUUAGUGAUAAAGUUAAUUUAAGCAUUUAUUAAUAAUAAUUAUAAAGUAACUAAGAUCUUUAGGUUUUCAAAUUAUGUACUUUAAAUAAUCAUCAUCAAAGAGAAAUCUUAUCAGUUUCCAUAUCUCCUUGUAAUCAAUAUAUUGGAACUACAUCAAAAGACAGAACAGCUAUUAUAUUUGAUUUACUAAAGAAUUAGUAAUUAGUAUUAAGUGGCCAUCAAAGUUCAAUCUAAGAUAUGAUUUGGGUUUAAUAACCUUUUACAUAAAAUGGUCAUAAUAAUAUCGAUUAAAAUCAUUCAAAAUAAGAAUCACGAAUAUUUGAUAAUUAAAAUACUCCUGCCCUUAGAUUAUUACAAUACAAGAUUUGGACUAUUGCAAAUGAUGGUUGGUUAUUUGAAUGGGAUUAAGGAAUUAAAAUUGAUUGUUUAAAAACAGAAGAGAACAUUAAGAAAAUGCACUUUAACUAAAAUAAAGAUUCUCUUAUCAUAGUUAGCUAAUAUAAGAUCUCAGUUUAUUUAUUGUCAAAAAAAACAUUGAUUCAAUAACUUAGUCUAAAUGAUUAGAUAAUUGAUGUAAAAAUUGAAAAAACAUAAGCUUUUCUCAUAAUUCUUAGCAAGAAUACCAAUUACUAAUUUACUUAUUAUUCAUUACCAAAUCUAGAAUAUGUGAAAUAAUUCAUAGAACAUAACUCAAAACUUUUUAUUAACUAAUUUGAUCUUGGAUGGCAUAAUAAUAAUUUAAUAGUUUGUGGAACUGAUGAAGGCUUGACUAUAAUGUGGCACAUUUAAAAAGGAUAAUUGCCUUUUUUUAGAAAACAAGUACUUUAUUUUUUUGUAUAAAAAGAUACAUAAAGGACCAAUAUAUUUAGUUAGUAUAGAUCCUCUAAGUUUUAGUAUAAGAUAUUUUGUAGAACAAGAUUCAUUGUUAACUUAGAUUUAAAGAAACUAGACAACGUUUUCGUCCCAAUAACUAUACCAUCACUUAAAUAAUACAAUGCAAUGGUGA